CGGCGCUCACUCUCUCAGGCACGCAGGAACCGCUCGCCGAGGGUCCCCGCCAGGAUGAAGCUGAAGGAAGUAGAUCGCACAGCCAUGCAGGCGUGGAGCCCUGCGCAGAAUCACCCCAUUUACCUGGCUACAGGAACAUCUGCUCAGCAACUGGAUGCAACAUUCAGUACCAAUGCUUCCCUUGAGAUAUUUGAAUUAGACCUGUCUGAUCCAUCCUUGGAUAUGAAAUCUUGUGCCACUUUCUCCUCUUCUCACAGAUACCACAAGUUGAUCUGGGGGCCUCAUAAGAUGGAUUCCAAAGGAAACGUCUCUGGAGUAUUAAUUGCAGGUGGUGAAAAUGGAAAUAUUAUUCUUUAUGAUCCAUCCAAAAUUAUAGCUGGAGAGAAGGAAGUUGUGAUUGCCCAGAAUGACAAACACACUGGCCCAGUGAGAGCCUUGGAUGUGAAUAUUUUUCAGACUAAUCUGGUAGCCUCUGGUGCUAAUGAAUCUGAAAUUUAUAUUUGGGAUCUAAACAAUUUCGCGACUCCAAUGACACCAGGAGCCAAAACACAGCCUCCAGAAGAUAUCAGCUGCAUCUCCUGGAACAGACAAGUUCAGCAUAUCCUAGCGUCAGCCAGCCCCAGCGGCCGGGCCACUGUGUGGGAUCUGAGGAAAAAUGAACCUAUCAUCAAAGUCAGUGACCAUAGUAAUCGGAUGCAUUGCUCUGGGCUGGCCUGGCACCCGGAGGUUGCGACUCAGAUGGUCCUUGCCUCGGAGGAUGACAGGCUGCCGGUGGUUCAGAUGUGGGAUCUUCGCUUCGCAUCUUCUCCACUCCGUGUCUUGGAAAACCACGCCAGGGGGAUUUUGGCAAUUGCCUGGAGCAUGGCAGAUCCUGAAUUGUUGUUGAGCUGUGGAAAGGAUGCUAAAAUUCUCUGCUCUAACCCAAACACAGGAGAGGUGUUGUAUGAACUUCCCACCAACACGCAGUGGUGCUUUGAUAUACAGUGGUGUCCCAGGAACCCUGCUGUCCUGUCAGCCGCUUCCUUCGAUGGACGGAUCAGUGUUUAUUCUAUCAUGGGAGGGAGCGCUGAUGGUUUAAGACAGAAACAAGUGGAUAAGCUUUCGUCAUCUUUUGGGAACCUUGAUCCCUUUGGCACAGGACAGCCACUUCCUCCAUUACAAAUUCCACAGCAGCCGGCGGCUCACAGCGUCGUUCUGCCUCUGAAAAAACCGCCCAAGUGGAUCCGAAGGCCUGUGGGGGCUUCCUUCUCGUUCGGCGGCAAGCUGGUCACCUUCGAGAAUGUGAAGCCACAGGCCCAGCAGGGCCCCGAGCAGCCGGCGGCGCCGCAGCUGGUGUUCGUGAGCCAGGUGGUGACGGAGAGGGAGUUCCUGAGCCGCGCCGAGCAGCUGCAGCAGGCCGUGCAGUCGCAGGCCUUCGGGGCUUACUGCCAGCGCAAGGUCGACGCCUCCCCCUCCGAGUUCGAGAAGAACGUGUGGUCCUUCCUGAAGGUAAAUUUUGAGGAUGAUUCUCGUGGAAAAUACCUUGAACUUCUAGGCUACAGGAAAGAAGACCUAGGAAAGAAGUUCGCUUCGGCUUUGAACAAAGCAGAUGGAUCUGGUGCGGCCCUUCCAGCCUCUGACCCCGUGGCCCAGAGUGGCGGGGAGGAGAGCCCCGCUGCCGGCGAGCAGCCCUUGGCAGAGCACAUGAAAGAGGAAAAAGAAGAAGGUGAAUUUUUACCAUCAACUGGAGGAACAUUUAACAUUUCUGUCAGUGGGGAUAUCGAUGGCCUAAUUACGCAAGCCUUGCUGACGGGUAAUUUUGCAAGUGCCGUUGACCUUUGCUUGCAUGAUAACCGCAUGGCUGAUGCCAUUAUAUUGGCCAUAGCAGGUGGACAAGAACUCUUGGCCCGAACCCAGAAAAAAUAUUUUGCAAAAUCCCAAAGUAAAAUUACCAGGCUCAUCACUGCAGUGGUCAUGAAGAACUGGAGAGAGAUUGUCGAGUCAUGUGACCUUAAGAACUGGAGAGAAGCCUUAGCGGCAGUGUUGACGUACGCGGAGCCAGAGGAGUUCCCGGCCCUUUGCGCCCUCCUGGGGAGCAGGCUGGAGCGGGAAGGCGACGGGCUCCUGCAGACACAGGCAUGCCUCUGCUACAUCUGCGCCGGGAACGUCGAGAAGCUGGUCGCCUGCUGGAAUAAAGCUCAGGAUGGAAGCAACCCGCUCUCCCUUCAGGAUCUGAUUGAGAAGGUCGUGAUCCUGCGGAAAGCUGUCCAGCUCACCCAGACGCUGGACGCAGGCACCGUGGGCGUCCUCCUGGCCGAGAAGAUGAGUCAGUACGCCAAUCUGUUGGCGGCGCAGGGCAGUAUUGCCGCGGCCUUGGCUUUUCUGCCUGAGAACACAAACCAGCCGAAUAUUGUGCAGCUUCGCGACAGGCUUUGCAGAGCACAAGGAGAGCCUGCGCUGCCACAGGAAGCCGCCAAAGUGCCGCACGAGAGGCAGCAGCUCCCCAAGGGCCGGCCGGGCCCGAUGGCCGGCCACCGGCAGAUGCCCAGGCUUCCGACUCAGCAGUAUUAUCCCCAGGGAGACAACCCGCCCCCUCCGGGCUUCAUCAUGCACGGGACCGUCCAGCCCGGAGCCACGGCCCCUCCGCUGCCCACCGCGGGGCACAUGCCCGCCCAGGUCGCUGCGUAUACACAGCCACAGCCUUACCAGCCAGUGCAGCAGUACCCCUUCGGAUCCGGGGGCACGGCCGCCUUCCGGCCCCCGCAGCCCGCCGCGCCGCCCGCCUCCAGCGCCUACCCCAACGCCCCGUUCGCGUCCUCCGCGCCCGCCUACUCGGGCCAGCCUCCGCUCUACCCGCCGCCGCAGCACCAGGCGUCCCCGCCGGUCGCCAGCCCUGCCAGCGCCUUCCCCCCGCCCCCGCCCUCCGGACCGUCCUUCCAGCACGGCGGCCCGGGCGCGCCCCCGUCCUCCUCUGCCUUCACUCUGCCGCCGGGGGCCAGCGAGCUGCCCGCGUCCCAGAGGACAGGCCCUCAGAAUGGCUGGAAUGAUCCUCCUGCUUUGAACAGAGUGCCCAAGAAAAAGAAGAUGCCUGAGAACUUCCUGCCGCCUGCCCCCAUCACCGAGCCCAUCAUGAAUCCCCUGGGCGACCCUCAGUCGCAGAUGCUGUCGCCACAGCCUUCUGGCCCAGCGCCCCUGGCGGGCCACGCGUCCUUCCCGCAGCCGCCACAGCCCGGGGGACAGCCCUUCCCCGGCCAGCCCGGCCUGCCGCCCGCCUUCCCCAAGCCCAGUAUGGAGGGGGCCCCAGGGGCCCCCAUCGGAACCGUCCAGCAUGUGCAGGCUUUACCAACAGAAAAGAUUACCAAGAAGCCGAUUCCAGACGAGCAUCUCAUCCUGAAGACCACCUUCGAGGACCUGAUCCAGCGCUGCCUCUCCUCCGCCACAGACCCCCAAACCAGAAGGAAGCUGGAUGAUGCCAGUAAACGUCUGGAGCUUCUGUAUGAUAAACUUAGAGAACAGACACUGUCGCCCACGAUCAUCAACGGUUUACACAGCAUCGCCCGGAGCAUCGAGACACGCAACUACUCGGAGGGCCUGAGCAUCCACACCCACAUCGUCAGCACCAGCAACUUCAGCGAGACCUCCGCCUUCAUGCCCGUUCUCAAAGUGGUCCUCACCCAGGCCAACAAGCUGGGCGUCUAAACGAGCAGCGCCACGCCCAGCCAGCGUGGCUGGCCGUUUUCCCAAAGAAACGUGUUUUUACCGAUGGUAAGCCCCGGACCAGCCUUCACUCACUCAGCAUGCUCCCAUCAGCGCGGCCAGGCGAGCGCGCCACACGCUCUCUGCGGAUCAGCUACCUUAGAGCUGCGCGGCACCAGGUGCUUCCUCUCGCCCGAUCUUCCACCGCCCGGGACGCUCUUUCUGUCCUGCGUACAGCGUGUUUCCGGAAUCACACAUAGUUUGGUUUCCUGAAGGGUUCCCAUGAAAUGUGGUCAGGAAAACCUCGGGUACUUUCGGGAAAAGAAGCAUCUGGUUAUGCCCAAAGCAGAGCUGAGUCUCUCUCUUGUCUUCCUCACUUCUCCGUGUCAAUCAGAUUAAAGCGUAUA